AUGGCGUGGUUAAGGUUACAGCCUCUCACCUCUGCCUUCCUCCAUUUUGGGCUGAUUACUUUUGUGCUCUUCCUGAAUGGUCUCCGGGCGGAGGCUGGUGGCUCAGGGGAUGUGCCCAGCACAGGACAGAACAAUGAGUCCUGCUCAGAGUCCUCGGACUGCAAGGAGGGUGUCAUCCUACCAAUCUGGUACCCGGAGAACCCUUCCCUUGGGGACAAGAUUGCCAGGGUCAUUGUCUAUUUUGUGGCCCUGAUCUACAUGUUCCUUGGGGUGUCCAUCAUUGCUGACCGCUUCAUGGCAUCUAUUGAAGUCAUCACUUCUCAAGAGAGAGAGGUGACCGUCAAAAAGCCCAAUGGAGAGACCAGCACGACAACAAUUCGGGUCUGGAAUGAAACUGUCUCCAACCUGACCCUCAUGGCCCUGGGUUCCUCUGCUCCGGAGAUCCUUCUGUCUUUAAUUGAGGUGUGUGGUCAUGGCUUCAUCGCUGGGGAUCUGGGACCUUCUACCAUCGUAGGUAGUGCAGCUUUUAACAUGUUCAUCAUCAUUGGAAUCUGCGUCUCCGUGAUCCCUGACGGAGAGACUCGUAAGAUCAAGCACCUCCGGGUCUUCCUCAUCACUGCUGCCUGGAGUAUCUUUGCCUACAUCUGGCUCUAUAUGAUCCUGGCAGUCUUCUCUCCUGGUGUGGUUCAGGUUUGGGAAGGCCUUCUCACUCUCUUCUUCUUUCCAGUGUGUGUCCUUCUGGCCUGGGUGGCAGACAGGCGACUGCUCUUCUACAAAUACAUGCACAAAAAGUACCGCACCGAUAAACACCGAGGGGUUAUCAUAGAGACAGAGGGUAACCACCCCAAGGGCAUUGAGAUGGAUGGGAAAAUGAUGAAUUCCCACUUCCUGGAUGGGAACCUGGUGCCCCUGGAAGGGAAGGAAGUGGAUGAGUCCCGCAGGGAGAUGAUCCGGAUUCUAAAGGAUCUGAAGCAAAAACACCCAGAGAAGGACUUAGAUCAGCUGGUAGAGAUGGCCAAUUACUAUGCUCUUUCCCAUCAACAGAAGAGCCGUGCCUUCUACCGGAUCCAAGCGACCCGUAUGAUGACCGGCGCAGGCAAUAUUCUGAAGAAGCAUGCAGCAGAACAAGCCAAAAAGGCCUCCAGCAUAAGCGAGGUGCACACCAAUGAGCCCGAGGACUUCGUCUCAAAGGUCUUCUUUGACCCAUGCUCUUACCAGUGCCUGGAGAACUGCGGGGCUGUACUCCUGACAGUGGUGAGGAAAGGGGGGGACAUGUCCAAGACCGUGUAUGUGGACUACAAAACCGAGGAUGGUUCUGCCAAUGCAGGGGCUGACUACGAGUUCACGGAGGGCACUGUGGUUCUGAAGCCAGGAGAGACCCAGAAGGAGUUCUCUGUGGGCAUCAUUGAUGAUGACAUUUUUGAGGAGGAUGAACACUUCUUCGUGAGGUUGAGCAACGUCCGGAUGGAGGAGGAGCAACCAGAGGAAGGGAUUCCUCCAAUAGUACUCAAUAGUCUGCCGUUGCCUCGGGCCAUCCUGGCGUCCCCUUACGUGGCCACAGUCACCAUCUUGGAUGAUGAUCACGCAGGCAUCUUCACUUUUGAGUGUGACACUAUUCGUGUCAGUGAGAGUAUUGGUGUCCUGGAAGUCAAGGUUCUGCGGACAUCAGGUGCCCGGGGCACGGUAAUCGUCCCCUUUAGGACAGUAGAGGGGACAGCCAAGGGUGGUGGUGAGGAUUUUGAAGACGUGUACGGGGAGCUGGAGUUCAAGAAUGACGAAACUGUCAAAACAAUUCACAUCAAGGUAAUUGAUGAUGAGGCGUAUGAGAAAAACAAGAAUUACUUCAUUGAGAUGAUGGGCCCCCGCAUGGUGGAUAUGAGUUUUCAGAAAGCGCUCCUAAUCAAUGAAUUGAAUAAAAUCAGGCUGCUAGAGGAGGUGACAGACAGGAAGCUGACUGUGGAGGAAGAGGAGGCCAAGAGGAUAGCAGAAAUGGGAAAGCCAGUACUGGGCGAACACCCCAAACUAGAGGUCAUCAUUGAAGAGUCCUUUGAGUUCAAGAAUACGGUGGACAAACUGAUCAAGAAGACAAACCUGGCCAUGGUUGUGGGGACCCAUUCCUGGAGGGACCAGUUCAUGGAGGCCAUCACUGUCAGUGCAGCAGGGGACGAGGAUGAGGACGAGUCAGGAGAGGAGAGGCUGCCAUCCUGCUUUGACUACGUCAUGCACUUUCUGACGGUCUUCUGGAAGGUGCUGUUUGCCUGCGUGCCCCCCACAGAGUACUGCCAUGGCUGGGCCUGCUUCGUUGUGUCCAUUCUCAUCAUUGGCAUGCUCACAGCCAUAAUCGGGGACCUGGCCUCCCACUUCGGCUGCACCAUUGGCCUCAAGGACUCAGUCACGGCUGUUGUGUUUGUGGCAUUCGGCACCUCUGUGCCAGAUAUGUUUGCCAGCAAAGCCGCUGCCAUCCAGGAUAUGUACUCAGAUGCCUCCAUCGGCAACGUCACGGGCAGCAACGCCAUCAACGUCUUCCUGGGCAUCGGCCUGGCCUGGUCCGUGGCCGCCAUCUACUGGGCCCUGCAGGGACAGGAGUUCUACGUGUCCGCCGGCACGCUGGCCUUCUCCGUCACCCUCUUCACCAUCUUCGCGUUCGUGUGCGUCAGUGUGCUCCUGUACCGUCGGCGGCCCCACCUGGGCGGGGAGCUGGGCGGCCCUCGUGGCUGCAAGCUGGCCACAACGUGGCUCUUUGUGAGCCUGUGGCUCCUCUACAUACUCUUUGCCACGCUGGAGGCCUACUGCUACAUCAGGGGGUUCUGA